GCUCGCCCUCCCUCACGAGCGCUGCGAUGGCCUCUUGCUCGGUGUGUGGACUCGAUCUGUGAGGAAUCCUCCUCCUCUCGCUGGAGAAAGGCUUAUGCUAUUUUGGAACAUUGUUUUUAUGCUCAGUGUUUUCCACAUUCUCGUCCUAAUAAAAUCAGAGGGGGACUUUGAAGAAGUGCAGAUUGCCCGGAUUCACGCGCAGACGUGGUCAACUAGUAGGUGAAGGCCAGGAGAUACUAUUUUAAACCCACGCCUUCCUCCCAGUGAUUCGAACCCAGGCGGCUUAGGGGCCCCACCUUGAGAGCCAGAUUAUAUUAUCUGAUGGGGCUAUUUCCAACAAUUCAGUAGGAGAGAUACUGUUAUGUUCCGUUUUAUGCAUGAAGUCGUGAGGCGACAAGAAAUUAUACCACAGCCAGCCAGGCCUCAAACCCCCAUUUUAUGCUUUUUUUGAUUGAGCUCUGAUGGUACAGAAGGGUGUGUGCCGAAGAUUUGGAAGGAAGCAUGGGACGUGUAGGGCUUACAAGCAUCUUAAGUAUUUCUGGACAUCGUAAUUGCAAGAAGUGUUCAGGAAUUCAUGACCUUCACAAGUCAGCUGAUUGUGGAGCGCUCGGCGAAAGGCAGCAGAGCUUCCGUCAAAGAACAAGAAUAUCUGUGCCACGUCUACGUGCGAAACGACAGUCUUGCAGGAGUGGUCAUCGCUGACAGCGAGUAUCCGUCCCGGGUGGCCUUUUCCUUGCUGGAGAAGGUACUAGACGAAUUCUCCAAGCAAGUGGACAGGAUAGAGUGGCCAGUCGGAUCCCCUGCUAGCAUUCACUACAUGGCCCUAGACGGCCACCUGAGUCGAUACCAGAACCCCAGAGAAGCUGACCCCAUGACUAAAGUGCAGGCUGAGCUGGAUGAGACCAAAAUCAUUCUGCACAACACUAUGGAGUCUCUGCUGGAGCGAGGGGAGAGGCUAGACGACCUGGUGUCCAAAUCCGAAGUGCUGGGAACACAGUCCAAAGCCUUCUAUAAGACAGUGAGUGCUGUCAUCCCGCAGGCUCUCGCCACUGCAUGAGUCCCUAGGAUGUUCAGUGACAUGGGGAGAGCAGACGUGGCCCAGGCCCGACAGUAGUGCAGGGUCACUCGGGCGCCAGGGGAGCCGACAUGGGCAGUGGCUUCCCCCCCUCCAACCACCCCCCCGCUCCGGCUGCUCUCCCCUCACCCAGGGCUUUGCACAUUCCUGCUGCCUGCUGAGUGGUGAGGCCUCCAGUCUUCCCAGAGCGGCCCUUGUGCCUCUGUUUCCCUUUGACAGAAGUGGUUCACUGGCAUAGACCACAGCAGGGCUCUGCACGCCCCUGUGCUUUCCUGUGAGCCUGGGAGGGAGACGGCCAGUGGGGUUCGGGAUCUGUGAACCUGAGGGGAGAGGGGGAACCGCCCCAUUCUCUAAAGACAUUCUCAGAAUGAUCUCUGCACACGGGGUCGGGUGGCGCCGGGGGACACAGGCUGGCGCAGAGUCAGAUG